AGAUUUAUUUGUGUAAUAUUGAUUCCUGAAGUUAAAUUUCAUCUUAAAAAAGCUGUGUGCUACUACUCAUAUCCAGUUAACCAGCUGCUAAAUACAUAUCGACUGCAUAAGUAGGUUACUAUUAUUUUCCCCUAUCUAUUAGUCUAUUUCUUCUGAUGAGCGCAACAGCGGCUGAGUCAUUCAUUCAAAUGAUAUGAAUUUUAUUUUAUUUUCGUGGCUUUGACUCUUUAUAUUAUGUGUAACUAAACUUUCUAUAGCUUUGUACCUCAUGACUAAAUUUUCUCCUCAACUCCUGUCCAUUAUAUAGAGAAGAUUUUUGCCAAGAUUUAUGUAAAUGACAGUUACUCUUUACUUUUAUUUUUAGAGCAAUGUUUGAAAGACUCUGUUAACUCUCUAAUCGGAGUAAUUUUUGGAAUGUCUGUUUCAAUAUUUACUUAAUUAGUGUGUAUAUCAAUAGUGUUGUAUUUCGCCAUUUAUGUCAAGUAGAUGGUUGAGUUAGACAAUUUUUUUGAAUUGUUUCAGGAUUGAUAUGUCAAAAGUACGGAUUACUUUUGUUCCAAAAUUCAAACUGCAUUGAGCACGUUAAAGUCUCAUUUAAGAAAUGAAUUAAAACCUACUACUCCGAAACUUUGACGUGUGCCCUUCGCUCUAAGACUCUCGCUCUCUUGUGAUAUAAAGGAAUGAUGCAUUAACAGUGUUAAACUCCUUUUUGGCAAAAUUUCCCAAAAAUACGCAGAUAAUAUUUUUCUGGCAGAAAGCUACAAGUGUUCGUGAACUUGGAGAUGUUACGAAUGAGAAAUGGUGAAACGCGUAAACUUAUGUAAUAUUCACCCGAUAACAGUGAAAAAUAUUCAUUAUCAUGGAAGUGAAAAACGAAAGAGUUGGUUCUGAAGACAUAAUCCUUGUUUUCUAUUGUUUUAGAUUGCCAAGAAAAAUACUCAUUUUUGCCCACCAUAAUUAUUGUCAAUUAAUUACAUUUUACUUUAAAGAAGAAUGCCAAAAGAGACAAAUGUUCUGCCGAUUUGGGGCAAUCGAGAAAGUAUGAAUUUAAAUCCAUUAAUAUUAACAAAUAUACAAUCGUCACAAUAUUUCAAAGUUAAUUUAUAUGAAUUGAAAACAUAUCAUGAAGUAAUUGAUGAAAUAUUUUAUCAAGUUAGACAUUUGGAACCGUGGGAAAAAGGCAGUCGUAAAACACAAGGUUUAACCGGAAUGUGUGGUGGUGUGCGAGGGGUAGGUGGAGGUGGUAUUGUAUCAACAGCCUAUUGUAUUUUAUAUAAGUUAUACACACUGAAAUUAACAAGAAAACAAGUAAUCGGAUUAAUAACACAUCAAGACUCACCCUAUAUUCGUGCACUUGGUUUCAUGUACAUACGAUAUACUCAGCCGCCAUCAGAUCUCUUUUCGUGGUAUGCCGACUAUCUUAAUGAUACAGAGGUAUGUAUGUAUGUGUUAUUCGUUGACAGCAUUCUUCUUAUGAUCUCUUAUGUUGAAAUAACUAGGAUAUGGAUGUGAAAGCAGGUGGCGGAUGUAUAAUGUCUAUUGGACAGAUGCUUCGUCAAUGGUUAAUACGUAUUGAGUACGUAUUCUACUCAGAGAUACAGAGUGCUUCAAAGUUCCCACGAGAGAGCUUAGACAUUUCUCGAACGAAAUUAAAAUGAUCGCUGUUUCUUACCAUCAAGCUGUGAGAGGUUUCGAUAGUUUGACUCAAGAGAAAUUUCAAUAAUUUCUCUAAAACAUUCUUCGGCGGUAGUAUAAAUUCAAAACUUAAGAAAACCUUUUUAAAGUCAUAUUUUCUUCUCCAAGCAUCUA